ACAAUUAUAGCCCUGGUUUACCCUUUGUUCAACUAUUCGAUAUCAUAUCACUUUCAAGAUUAUCUCUGAAAGCUUCAAUGUUGAUGUUCUCGUAGGUGCUCUAAACACGUUCUUACAGCACACAGAGUUACGCAUUACGAGAAAGUAAAUGAAAGGUCACGUGUCGGGUUCAAAUUUCAUUACUGCAGCACGAACUGCGUUGGAAUGUCUGAUACUGCGAAUAUAAACUUCCAAGUUCAUGUGCCUUGGCAGACAGUUGCUCUCAAGCCGUUGCACAAUGAUGUCCAGCGGAGCAUUCAUUCUUUCGGUAGUGCUUUCAGUGAGCAUAUCGGUGCUUCAAACUUCAUCGCUGCAGCACAGUGCCACCCUGAAGAGCUUCAACGAAAUCCUCAGCGAGUGCUCCCGUUAUCUACCAUCGAAUGAUGAACCUUGCUACGAUCGCUGCCUAGGCUUGGUGGGACGCUUCUGGAACGACACCAUUGCCAGGCCAUCGGUUUCAGUCGGUCGUUUCUACCGUCCGGAUCCAUGUGACCAGAACUACGUCAACCGCACCCAGCAGUGUAUAUGUGAUUCGGUUUUGCCGUUGCCCAGGAAGGAUGUCUGCCUACGAGCCAGCAGAGGUCUCCAGUGCUACCGAAAUCAGUAUGGACGCCUGAUUGCAGAUGAACCUCUGUUUGUGAGCGUAACUAAACUGCAAAGCUCGCAGAUAUUCCAGGACUGCGCCCAGAUGCUUCAGAUUCCACGCGCGAAGCUAGAGGAAAUCGUGCAGCAAGGCUAUUCGAAAUCACCCGAAGGCAGCUGUCUGGUCCGAUGCUACUUGGUGCGAGCAGGAUUGUACAGUGACAGCCAAGGACCGGAUAUUGCACGAUUUGCCGUUCAAUGCGAGGGCUACGAGGAUGCUUACGAGGCGUCGGUGGCCAGGUGCUACCAAAAGCUGAAAUCGGAACAGCUUGAUAAAUGCACCCUGGCUGCCCGAACGUACGAUGAGUGCAUCCAAGCGAACGAGUACAGUAAUAGUAACUUAGAGAUACUCGGUGUUUUGUUAGGCAUAAUUACUGGACUUAUCCCGGCAUAAAUUCAAGAAAUGGGACAGCCUAAUCAAUAAAAAAAUCAAAAAGGAUAACGCUCUGUGUUCUAUUUGAAAUUCCAAAUCAGUAAAUUAAUUAGGAACAAGAA